GGAAAGCCAAUACGAAGGCUGGGAAAAUUGCCGUUGGGGGUCGCCGGCUCGGGACCCCGCCUUUCUUAUAAAAGAACACGGGACCGUCGCCGAACGUACAGUGGCAACUCAGCGGAUAGAUCGGAGGAAAAUUAGUGGAUUUUUGCUACAGGUUGCGAACGGCCUAGUGUCACCUGACAGAGAAUGGCUUGCUUGAAACUCUACACGGUCCUGCUGCUGGCUGUAAUCUUCGCUGUAGCGUCUGCGAGACCAGGAUACCUGGGAUACGGCUACGGUGGCGGCUACGGAUAUCCUCACCAUUAUGGCUACAGGUACCCGUUCUACGGUGGAUAUGGACACGGCUACGGACACGGCUACGGCGGCUUCCACCAUCAUGGCUACGGCCUUGGAUACGGCCACUACGGUGGCUAUUACUAAUCGCACAGACCAACCUUUGGAUUCGGCUACUGUACACGCGGUCCGUCACGGAGGCUCUCGUUUCGCAUGAUCUUCUAGCGCAGACCUUUGUCGUCGUAUAAACAUUAGCAGCGAUUGGAACACGGCGCCUCGUCGUAACGCGUCCCGCGUUCUAACCGCUACCCGAGGCGAUGCCAAAAUACUUCUAUUCCACUCCCCUCUCCACGCCCCCUGCCCUAGCCACGCUAACCGCAUUUAUCCGUCGUUGAUCCUUUUUAACCAGCAGUGAAGUAAUCGUAGCGAUAUAUAUUGCAAGCAACAAUAAAAACAACUUUCAAACUCAUCGAA